AUGGCAGCCGACACGGAGGGGCAGCUUUGGGCAGCAGCAGCUUCCCCUGCUCCUCCAGGGGCCAUUCCUGCCCUCAGGUGCGGGGAGCGCCCGCCUGCCCCUCAGCCGAGAGCCCGUCCCGGGAACAGCAGCGAUGGCUCUGCCCUGCCCUGCCCCUCAGCCGAGAGCCCGUCCCGGGCACAGCAGCGAUGGCUCUGCCCUGUCCUGCCGUGCCCGCACAGGGAUGGCUCUGUCCUGUCCUGUCCUAUCCUGCCCGCACCGGGGUCCCAGAGGAAAUUCCCGCUUCCCGGUACUUCCCUCGGGCUCCCCGACGGGGAGCGGCCCCUCACACCUUCCCGUGCGGGCAGGCCCUGGAGGGGCUGGGCGAGGCUCAAACCAGCUCCCGUUAGCGGCCCCUUCCUCCCAGGGUCCAUUUUAGCAUUUAAUCUCUUGAGAAACCAGCCCUACAGCGGGUCUGAGGGGCUUUCCCUCUGCCGUGGUGCCAGCUCAGUGUUUGACGAGGUGACUUUGGCAGGUGUGCAGCUCCUCCAUCCCACACGGGCUGCAGCUCCUACUCGUCCAGCCGGAGCUUUUCCAAUCAUUCUGCAAAGAGCAGCACUGAGGAAACGUCCUAGCUUAAGGGAUGUUACUGAUACCAUUUUGGAUUCCAGCCAGGGUAUCUCCAUUCAUCUAGUAGCAGGCUUUCAGGGGAAGCAGAAUGUGGUACCACAGAAAAAUUCCCAAAUCCAUCCAUGUGGGAGAUGUAUCUGCAAGGAACAGGACUGUGAUUGAACAACUUCAAAAUGUGAGCUGACAGCCUCAAACCCAUAAUGCUGUAACCUUUGGAACAGCUGGAUGGAGCAAGGAGCAGAGAGGAGUGACUGCAGUCACAGGAGGAGUCAGUGGCAGCCUCAGGGGAAAGAAAAUAUGGGUAACACUUGGGAAUUGUUCAUUGUUCACCAGACACUAAUGGGAACUUUACCAUUGGUACAGAAAAGAG